AACCAUUAUAGGAGAACAAAAUUGGUUAAAAUCAGCCUUAGGGUUCAUGCUAAUGAAGAAGAGACUAGAUGGAAGAAGGGGAGAAUAGAGUGGAGAAUAAAUCCACGGUUGUUUCUCCGUAUUUCUCGAAGAAAUCUCUAGGAGACGCGGAUUCUUCUUCCCUGGUCAGGAUUCCGGUGGAUUCGCCCUAUCUCCAUGAUCGAACUCAUAAAAGGAACAUGAAGAGGAAGAAAAAGAGAAUCAGGACCGACCCAAUUCUCGAGGUAAGGGAUGAAAUACCAUCGAUUCGUUUGCUUAGUGAGGAUGACGGCGGAAUUCGAGAUUUGGGUUGCGCUGACGAGAGCAGAAAUAGGGUAGGAAGAGUUGAAGAAGAAGAAGAAGAAGAAGAAACUGCAGUCGGUGAGGAGGGAUGGGUAUAUUUCGACAAAGUUACUGGUUGUUGGGGUUGUAAAAAUUUUAGGAGAUGCACGGAAUAUCGUUUAGGGAAGCGGAAUUUGGUUCUUGAUUUUGGUAACGGUGAUGAUGAUUGCCAUGGCAGCGUUGAGAAGGAAGUAACAGAGAAGAGUCAAAAGACUAAUGACUCGGUUUCUCUUGAAGUGAAUCUGUUGAAGAACUUGGAUGAUUUGCUCUCUCGGUUUGCAUACAAAGGUGGUUCUGAGCUGAGGAGUGAAAGAAAUGCAUGUGAUUACAAUAAGUCAGGGGAUGAAGAGGCCAAUCCUAGAAUUAAGAGAAGAACUGAUGUUAUUUCCUCGUGCAUUGCAUUGGGGAAACCAGAAGACAGAAAUGAUGUUAGCAGUGUUUCUUCUUCACAGAAAAGAAGGAAUAGCAGGGAAAGAAGCAGUGAACUUCAAGCUGAAGUCCGAGUGGUUUCUCGGUACUUCCAGGCAGCGAGUUCAGAACAGUCAAAUGCGUUAGGAAAUUCGUGUCAGUGUUCUGAAGUCGUGAAAGUCUCAAGGUAUUUCCAUCACAUAAACACGGAGGAAAGCCCAGUGAAAGAAAGGAGUACACGGGUGAGGAAAACGCCACUUGUGUCUCCUGUUCUUUCUCGUGCUCAGAAGGUUGAUGAGGCGUACAUGCGGAAAACACCAGAUGACAUGUGGGUGCCCCCUCGUUCCCAGUAUAAUCUAAUUCAAGAAGAUCAUUGGCAUGAUCCAUGGAGGGUGAUGGUCAUAUGUAUGCUUCUCAACAGAACUUCUGGUGCCCAGGCUCGGAGAAUCAUAACAGACUUGUUUGCUUUGUGUCCUGACGCGAAGACAGCAACUGAAGUUCGAACAGAGGAGAUAGAGCAGAUCAUAAAGACACUUGGACUGCAGAAGAAGAGAGCGGCCAUGAUACAGCGGUUUUCCCACGAGUAUCUCGAAGAUAGCUGGACCCAUGUCACUCAACUACAUGGCAUUGGAAAGUAUGCGGCCGACGCCUACGCGAUAUUUUGCACGGGAAGGUGGGAUCGGGUGAAACCAACUGAUCAUAUGCUAAAUUAUUACUGGGCAUUCCUCUGUAACACGCAGAGCUAUGUGGAAUAACUAUAGAAUUUGUGAUGGAGAGCUUCUUUUUUUUUUUGGGGGGGGGGGGGAACAGUGGUAUGUUCUUCACUGUUUUUUUUUUGUCUGAAGCAUGUUAUGUCGGGUGGUUGUUUUGAUUGGUGUUUCUCCGAUGUAAAUUCUCAUCUUUUGCGGGGAAAAUAUAAUGUAACGAAGUUGGGCUCAAAUCACAAUGCAAACACGCAGGCUUAAUUUCAUCAUUUUAUUAUGUUA